AUGGGCAGCCUCGUGACUGAGUUUCGGACGGCCUAUGCCAACGAGUCUGGUGCUGGACUCGCCGCGGUCUUUACGCCCAUCGCGCCUCCGAAUAACCCCAAUCGUCUACGCUCAUUCUAUCAAUCUACGAAUCCUACUUCUCAGACCAGGGAUCUCAAGUCAGCGCUUUUUCAAGGGAAAAACUUGAAGAUCUCCAAGGGUGAACAAGAGUCAUGGCUGGAGAUCUUUGUGGCAUAUUGGGACGCCAUAUGCGAGAUCCUGAAGGUGGAGGAUCGACACCCGGGGGCCAAUGCGGUGACCAUCUUUCUGUCAUGGAAGAAGCUCGCGAAUAUGCUCAUAAGGGGGUUCUUGCGUAUCUUUGCGAUUAAGGCUGAUACAGAGGUGGCUUCUGGAGAUUCGGGAAGCUUUGGUUUUCAAGAAGAUUUUGGUGCCGAAACAAAUGCCAACAUGGAAGAAGCUGCUCGAACCAUCAAUCGCAUGUUCACUCUGUGUUUAACUGACCGCGCACCAAGGGGGACGUCUCGGAAAUGGGGCGUUUACGAGACUACCAAUCUUCUUUUCAAGACAUACUUCAAGAUCAACUCUGUCUCUCUCACCAAGAACCUGCUUCGUGCGCUGGAAGCACAAUCGCAUGAUAUCCCUCCGUUGGAGGAGUUCCCAAAGUCGCAGGUCGUCACAUUUGAAUAUUACGUGGGUGUGAUACACUUCUUGGAUGAAAAUUACACUGCGGCUCAGACACAUUUAUCCCGUGCUUGGGCCCUGUGUCAUCGUGGCGCGGCCAAGAAUCGCGAACUGAUCCUUACCUAUCUGAUUCCGUGUCAUCUGGUCACGAACCAUACUCUUCCCAGUCGACAACUCCUCGCCCCAUUCCCCCGGCUCGAAGCAGUCUUCCGCCCUCUGUCAAAUUGCAUCAAGAAGGGCGAUCUCGUCGGUUUCGACCAGGCUAUGUCCGCUGGCGAAGACGAGUUCGUCAAGCGACGAAUUUACUUGCCACUGGAACGAGGCCGGGACAUCGCUCUUCGCAAUCUAUUUCGUAAGGUCUACAUCGCAGGUGGCUUUGAGGAGGCCGAACAAGGGCAGCCACCUUUGCGGCGGACCCGGGUGCCCGUGGCUGAAUUUGCUGCUGCUCUGCGCAUUGGAACUCACGCAACGGGUCGGAGCCCGAUUGACAUUGACGAAGUAGAAUGUCUACUGUCUAACUUGAUCUACAAGGGACUGAUGAAGGGCUAUAUUGCCCGCGAACGUGGCUUUGUGGUCCUAAGCAAAGGCGACAAGGCCUUCCCCGGUACCAAAGUCUGA